AAAUGUUAUUAAGAUUCCUUUUCCGAGAAUUAAUAACUAUUUAAGCUAUGGAAGCUUAGUGCAAAACAAACUGUAAAAGUUUUUUUAUGGCGUGGACAAAGAUUGCGUUGAUUUUGAGCCUUACUAUUUUUAUCGCCUUCUCAGGUAAGAACAUUACUAUUAUUAUUGCCGCACUACCGUGAAAAUGAGCCGGCCGGUUACUGAUAUUUUAAACGAGCAUUUCCAAUCGACACCGUCAGUACAGUAUGUUGCCUAGUAUCCGGACGGUACUAGUAUCCGGAUACUUAAAACAAAAACUCAAUUUUUGAGGCGCCCUUUUCAAUUCUCGGUAAACAAAGUACUUCGAAUGAAAGCCGAACAUUUCGGCUUUAAGAUGAAAGUUUUGGCGAGUUUAAAGCUCGCGAAACAGUUGCAGAAGAAGCCGUUCUGUUCAGGUGAGUAACCUUUUCAUGGCUAAUAUUUGCGCUGUUUAUUGCGCAGUAAAAUUAGUGCUGCUCAGAAAAGGGUAGGUAAUAUAUGAUAUUUUCAAAGAAACUGUACUUAAAGAAUUCAGGUUCUCAGAACGUUUAUAAAUUCUUCUUGACAUUCGAUUUGUUUGGAACAACAGAAGCCAGAAACAUUCACUAACUUUUGAUCCGGAUAAGAUUUAUUAAAUAUCUAUAGCUAUAAUUAAAGCUUAGGAUAUGUGACUUAGUCAUAAAAUGUAAUUCUACUCAACUCCGUAUGGAAAUUUUCUUCACUCAUUCAGAGGCGACUUAAUUUCGUGUGCACGGCUUGUUUCGCUUGACAUACUACAGGGGCACCCAACGGCAAUUUUCGCGAAAAUAUCUGUUCGGAAGACGAUUUGAGAUCUAGAAUUUUCGGAGCAUUUGUUGUAAAAUUUCUUGCUUGCCUGCCGCUCCUAGGAUUAUCGAACAUCCACAAAAUGGUAUAAUUGCCCAUUUUUAACGGAUUUUGACCCUAAAAAAGGCCACCUAGAAUUUUCGGGAGCUUUUUCCUGGCUGAAAUUUUCGAGAAGGUAAGUUUUGAUCCCUAUAAUUUUCGGAUCACUAGGCUUUCAGCUAGGAAAUCCGAACAGAUGAAAAGUUUUUAGGGGAUAAAAAUAUGCCUAUAUCUACCGUUUGAAUACUAAAAUACGUUGAACAAUGCUAUGUUAAGUGGUUUUGAACUAUAUCCUCGUUGGGUGCCCCUGAUACUAGUAAUAGCUGACACUACAGCUGCCCCCGCUCUGUAUGUUGUUGGUCGUUGUGUAGCUCUUUGAAAUAUACCGAUUCAUAAUGAAGAUUUUCACAAUUAUUCCAUACAAUAGGUGGGAUAAAAACAGGAAACGCAAGGUUCCAUGCUCAGUUUCAGUUCGAUUUACACAGCCUUGAUCAAAACAUUCUCAGUUUCGAGAAUAGUUUGAACCAUACAGUUCAUUUUAUUUGCCGGGAAGUAAGCCUUAGAAAUUAAAAGGACGUUUCACGUUCGCGCAUUCUAGUCUUAUUUUAAACUUCAUAGCGGAAGGAUAUCUGUGAGCAGGGAAUAAGUCAGCACAGAAUUUGAUUGUCGGCGAAUUUCUGCAACGUCGCAUUUCACAUUUGCCGAACUUAAUGCUUGAAUUUUAGUAGAUUAUAUAUUAUUACAUUACUGGGAAUAUUGAUAGCGAGCAGAGUUAAAUUCGACGGAGUUAAAUUGGACGUUUGAAUCAAAUGCCGUAUUUAACUAUUCGCGCAAGUCCCUUGCAACGCGAGUAUAAAUAAGAGCGUGGCAUCUCAUUUCUGUCAGUCCAGUUUGCCUAAGAAUCCAUUCGCUCUGCUAACGGAUUCUUGUUUUAUCAAGAUGGCUGACGAACCGAUCCCGCCCCGGCCAAUGUUACACAAGCUCCAGCUCUGCUUCAAACAGCCCAAUCGUCAGUACAGCGCGGAUGACUGACUUUCCCUCGUCUGUGUUUCGCUGGCGCUAUACUCCCAGUUUGUUUACUGCAGCUUCCGGCUCCCGUAAGGUUUUUACACGUUAAUGUUUUGCUUUUGUUUUAUCCAGUAGCGUGUUCUUCGUAGUUUGCCUCGCUAUCUGUUCUUCGGCCCCCCGUAAAGUUUUAGUGCUUAAUUCCCUUCGGCUCCCGUAGUUUGUUGCACGCUUUCGUUGUUAGUAAUUUAUGUUUUGCGUGUUUUGCCUCACAAACACCGGGUUUGUGCAGUGCUAUUCCCUCGGCUCCCUUAAAGUUUGUUGCACGCUUGUGUUGUAUUUUGCUUUAUUCAGUAAUUUUUGUUUUGCGUGCUUUGCCUCACAAACAUUGGGUUUGUGCAGUGCUUUUCCUUCGGCUCCUGUAAAGUCAGUUACACGCUUUUGUUACGCUUUAGUCAGAACUUUUUUUUGCGUGUUUUGCGUCACAAACACCGGGUUUGUGCAGUGCUAUUUCCUCGGCUCCCGUAAAGUUUGUUCUAUGCUUGUGUUUAUUUUGGUUUAUUCAGUAAUUUUUUGCUUUGCGCGUUUUGCCUCACAAACACCGGGUUUGUACAAUGCUACUCCCUCGGCUCCAGUCAAGUUUGUUGCAUGCUUGUGUUUAUUUUGGUUUAUUUAGUAAUUUUUUGCUUUGCGCGUUUUGCCUGCAGUGUUUCAUUUUUCCCUUCGGCUCCCCUCAAGUUUACACCCUUUUGGUUUUCUUUGUUUUAUUGAGUUUGCUUUUGUUAUGCUUGCUUUGCCCAACCAGCUCCGGUUUGUGCGGUGAUUUUUCCCCGGCUCCCCUCGAAUUUGCGCGCUUAAUUUUUUGCUUUGUAUUUGGGAAGAGAUUCCUACUAAGAUAAAAACACUUAGCUACCACAAGUUCAAAAAAUAUAAGCGAAUUCUAGUUAACUGUCAAAGGUAACAAUUGUAAUAUGACUGCCUCACAUAACCUGACUGCAGGCAUAAUCGUCCAUAGUUGCCAUGGCACUAAGCGCACGUUAGUAUUCCCAAUCAUAAUAUAGCGUGGUUACCUCGAAAGUUAAGCUCCCCUGACCACCGUACACUUCUACCCAAGCCAUGAAUUUUCUUUUUUUUCCCUUCUCUUCUACUUUAUUAGUGUAUUCUUAUCUUACUAUAUAUAAUGUUAAUAUUUUAUUAAGUGUGAAUAAUAAAAUUGAAUUGAAUUGUUCAGUUUUAAUUUGUGUUCUGCGUUCUUUCCCUCACUAAUUUAAUCUAAACCUUCCAUUCCAGUAAAGUUGGUUCAUCCCUUUUGCUGCAUUUGUGCUUUAUUUGGUCAAUCUGUUCGGCGUUAUUAGACUUCACUUACCGUAUUUAUUCGAUUAACCGCCCUGGGCGCUUAUUAAAUUUUUGGACCUUGAGAGUGGGCGCUUAUUCGAGGUGGGCGCUUAUUCGAGGUGGGCGCUUAUUCGAGGCUGGGCGCUUAUUAAAUUUCGCCAUUCUCAGCGAGUGUAGUCGUAUAUUUUGCAACAAAACAAUAAAUGCUAAUAACAAAAAGGGAAGGUGUAACAAAUUUCUGAGAAGAAAACUCCUUCUUCGGGAGGGUCUCUUAUUAUAUCUUAUUGGAGUUUUGACAGGGCGCUUAUUCGAGGCUGGGCGCUUGUUAACUUUUUCUGCCUCUAGGAUGGGCGCUUAUUCGAGGUGGGCGCUAAUUCGAGGUUGGGCGCUUAUUCGAAUAAAUACGGUAUCAAUAUAUACCACAUGCACAACUAUUCUAAUUGAGAUGAGUUCUGGAGGACAGAUGCUAGGGGAAAAUCUUCCAGUUUACGAUCGCUACAAAAUAUGAUAGGUUGUUUAUUUACAUUUUGCCUUCCACUGAUUCUCAGUAAAUUUAAAUAAUUUCCUGGGGCUGAGGUCAGAGGAAUAAUGGGAAAAUAUUAACGGAAAAUUUAGAGUUGCGAUUCGAAUAACGCCCUCUCAGUAAACAACGAAAACUCUAGCUGGAACGAGGGCUCUUUUCGGGGCGGAAUGAUGGAAAAAUGAAAAUAAAUUGUUGAGAAGUAAAUGAAACGAUGAACCACCUAUUGUCCUUCUUUAUGCCCCGAAUAAAGUUAUUUCCUGAUACUUAAUUUGAUUUCUACAGAUGACAUAGGCCUAAUGGAUGGGUGAACUUAUAGCGACUGGAUUCACUCGUCUCUCGGCUAUAUCUCUAUACGGUGUCUUGCUGAGCAGAAUUUGCCAGCCGAUGAUUUGCAGUUGUAAAUUAUUAAUAGAGACAAAUAUAAUAUUGUUAUGACAAGCUAGCGAAGAAUCAUGUCUGCAUCGCGUAGCCAUAAUUCAUUCAAAAAAUAAAACGAGGCUUCAUUUCACCAGAGCGACAUACCAGAAGACUAUGGCUACAUUUACACUAGAGGCGAUCUUUUCCGGAUGAAAUGACAUGUUGCAAUGAUCUGCAAUGUUUCCAGAUUUAUUCAGACAUUUUUUUACGCUUUUCGGAUCCGGAGGCAUUUAUAUUUAUACUAAAAUUGUAUUCGGAUUCCUAACCGUUUAGACAAAUCGAUAAAACCGGGGACGAGCAGUGACGACGGCGACGGGAUUCGAACCCGUGACAUCCGUGUUACCGGUGCGUUGCUCUACCAACUGAGCUAUGAAGCCACACAUUGGGAGCGAAGUCAAUUUAUUGAGUUCAUAUCUCCCGUGAGGAGUGAAAUGAUGUGAAGUAUAUAUGAAAUAAUUCAUUUUUGAACUGUGGUUGUAGAUGAAAGUGAAGGCUUCUUCUUUCCAAUUGCUUAAAUUGGAACAUUUACUGCGAUGGGAUCAUUCUUCACUUUCACGUAGUAUUCGUUAUUGCUUCCACACUACACUUAGGUGAAAUUCUGCUCAGCAAAUGUUCAUCAAAUUGCAAGUCCCUUCAAUUUUUAAGGAAAAAACAAUUCCGAAAAGCGUGAGUGGGUAUCGAACCCAGAGUGUAGGGUCUGCAGUCCAUCACCCUUACCACAAGGCCACUGAGGAUUGGCUGGCUAAAGGUGAUUUAAACUUAAGCAACAACCGUAACCCUAAAUAGAAGCUAACCGUUUCUAGUCGGUGCUUAAUCACUAUUUUCAGGGCUUAGCCCUAAUCACCCUAAUCAGUAUUGGUUAACCCUAAUCACUACAGUCAGUACUCGAAACCGAAGGGAUAAGGAGUGCUACGUUGUGUAAACUUAAUGAGGUGUCUGAGAGGGUUUAGGCCGAUGGGAUCUAAUGCUAACCCUCGGAAAUGGCCUAUUGAGAUUAAACAAGUAGUAAUUUGCCCUGGCUUCCGAUCCAUGAUUUUUUCCAACCUUUGACUGGCACCAGUUAAUGAAAAUCUGUCAACAGGGCUGGAAAGAACGGAUAAAAAAAUCAGUGAAGUUGACCAGUUUGAAAGUGAUUUGUUGCAGACUAACAAAGAUACAGCUCCGCAAAGUCGCGGAAUUUUACAGACGUUUGUGUGGUGGGAGACACGUUCGUGCAAACCUCCCCAAUACCCCUCCCCCCUCCCCUACCCCCACCCCACCAUACAAACGACUGUAAAAUUUCGCAACUUGGUAGAGAAAUAACUUCGCUCUCUCUGAACCUAUCUAUCACCUUAAAACUUGUUUAAGUUACUAAUUUUAAGGCACUCUUUAGAGAAGUGUCGAACGGAUAUUCACUUACUGGUCUUUAUCAAAAGUUGAAAAAACACGGAAGGGUCCGUUCUUUACUGAUUUAUAUGGUUAACUGUAUUUUCAUUCUCUUGUUUGACACAGCAAAGAGCAAGGGUGGCGCAUUGGUGAGAGCACUCUUCUUCCACCAAUGUGGCCCGGGUUCAAAUCCCGGCGUCGACGUCAUAUGUGGGUUGAGUUUGUUGUUGGUUUUGACUACCUUGCUCUGAGAGGUUUUUCUCCGGGUACUCCGGUUUUUCCCUCUCCUUAAAAACCAACACUUUCAAAUUCCAAUUCGAUCUGGAACGCACGGACACUUUUAAACGAGUUCAUAUGAACUCUUAAGUGCUUCGUGGGUAAAAAAGCAAUUUAAUAUAUAUAUUUUUUUUACAACAGCUGCCAUUCAGGAUGACAAUGAAAGCGACCAGAGCAAAUCACUCAUGAACUUUCUCAGACAUUUUAAUCGGAAUCGUCAUCACGUGACUAACCCUGAAGGAAAACAGAAAGCACGUGACUUUAUCAAGAAAACAUUCAAAGAUCUCGGCCUAAUCACGUGGUCAGAGCAAUUCAAGCCAGAUUUCCCCCAGGUGAGAUUUAAACUCAGUUUUUAUUGAAUACGCAUUGAUGGUAAUGAUGACUUUUGUGUAUAGGUAAAAAACGUCUUUUUGAAAACACGGCGGCAACACAUUCGAGAUACAUAUUCAUUCAGCGAAUAAUCAACUAAAUGAUGACGCGAUCAGAACCCUGGAUUAAAUGUCGCUUUGUGCAGGUUGAUUCACAAUAAACCUUUAGUUAGACUUUCUCCAAAACAUCUACUUUUUCCACUGUAGUUUAUUUUUAGAAUGAAUUCUUGUUCUUGCAGAUAUUCUUCAAAAAGGAGUUGAGAUCCCUCUGGUGAUAUAUUUUGCGUAUUCUUGCUAUCCUUUUUAGUCAUUAGUGAACUCGUUCUCAUUUUCUUAAGUUCCUGCGCACUACCAAAACAGUUUUAAAAGUUGCCAAGCCGAUGAUUUGCGUUACGUCCAAUUAUACUAUUAUUGCCUUUAGUGACUGAAGUGAGCGAUGGAAAAUCUAAUGCAUUUUUCAAAUUUGGUCAACUCCAGGUGGAAAAGGCUAUUCACAAAUGGAAAAAUAUUUUGAAUAAGAGAGAGUCGGACUGUAAACUAUAAAAACUAUACAGUCGACUCUCUCGUAACAGACACCUAGUAUAAGACGGACACCUCGAAACGUAAAACGGAUACCUAGAGUUCAGGGUCCCUGCAAGUUACCCCUUUUAUUUGACUCUCUAUAAGACGGAUAUCAGGGGUCUAAGACGGUCACUUACUUCCGGUUCCAAAGGUGUUCAUCUUACAGAGAGCUGGCUGUAUUAUACGCAACAUAGUCAAGAACCUUUUCUUUUCGUAGUAUGCUGCUGGAUUCAACAUAAUCGGAAUGCUCUCUGGUACCCUUGCUGGGUCUUCUAAUGACAGGCCGUUUCUGAUUGGUGCACAUUACGAUACAAUGCGCACUACGGCACAUGGUGCUAACGAUAAUGGCUCAGGCGUGGCUGCCAUGUUACAAGUUGCAAAACAAAUGGCUACAAGUAAGUUAACAAUUUAUUUCGGGUUUGCGAGAUCCGUAUUUCUAAUUGAAUUAUUGCGGGAUUAACACUACCCCUGAAAAUCCUGGAAUUCUUGUGGAUAUUAAAACUAUUUUCUUCUUGCGCUGGAAAACGCAAUUAAAAAUUCUCUCUAUUCUACCUUCUGGGACAUUUCUGAAAGUUAAAAAAAUGCCGUCGAAGUGCACCUGGUCAGUGUCUCUUAACCAAAAUUAAUUUUUUUCUCCUUCAAUAUACGGCAUCUAGAAUUUGAGUUCUGGUCCCCAACAAAUUUCAAAUCGAAAUAAAAAGAACGGCUCCUAAAAUACUUUUUCUUAACAUUUUUAUCUUGGUCCUUCUGUGUUUAAUGCAAACAGAGACAGCUUACCGGGAAAUCGGAGACCCCUGAAAAUAACAUACUACGGCUUUUUUAUCUUAACAUUUCGGUCCUUCUAUGUUGCGUCCGUCCUGCAUGCUGCUAAGAUCACCAAUGUCAGACGAAAAUGCACUUUACGGUGAUGAAUAAAAUAAUAAACGCUAAUAAAGAUGGUCAACUUUAGCUUAAACGUUUUAGUUAACGAGAUAGGGCCGUCAAGUCACGGACACGUUGUUUUUUAAAAAAAAACCGGUAGUCUACAUCUGUGGCCGUUCUUGUGAGACCUUUUUGGGAUUGUUAUGUGAAGCUUUCCCUCACUUGCAAUUCCUGUAAUUUGAUUAAUUUUCUCUUUUUAAAACAGAUUUCCAAAACCGUGCACGCAGUUUUAGUGUCCUGUUUGUGGCGUUUGAUUUCGAGGAGUGGGAAGAUUGUAGCGAUACAACGAACUACCCUAAAUGCGCUUGCGGCGAGAUAGACUGUGGAAGCAGAGCGUUUGUUGCAAACUUCACGCGCUUUUACAACGGCUCUUUAAAAUCAAACGGAAAGCUUCAGGGAGCGAUAAUUAUGGACACUGUGAUGAACUAUAACAACACUCCAAACUCGCAGAUUUUGCCACCAUCAACGGAAAAGCUGUUGCCAGAGGUUUAUGGUCAAAUCAAGGCCGAUGGAUUCCGAGGAGAUUUUCUUGCUGUUGCUGGCCGGUUGGUGGAUGAUGCGGCCUUGAUGAAUGCGUUCUGGUAUCAUUACGGCCGUGUCAAAUCUGGUAAGAAACAGAUCGCGCAUGGAAUUUUUACGAAGUCGCUGACUAGGUACCUGUAUGAUUAGUUUAUACACAGAUAUGUUGAUUCAGCUAUGUAGCAGCUGAAAAGUCCUGGAGCGCAUUACUCAAGCAUUACCGACUCCGGUACCAUCGAGUUCUGACUUGCAGCAAAGAGUAAUAGAUUUAAAAAGUAUUGUCUCUAAAAGGACGAAGUACUAGUGCAAGCCGCCCUUUUGCUAUUGAUUGAGAAAAAUGUCAAGGAUUUUGUCCCCAACAUUCAGUUAAUUACAUUGAUUCGAAUUUAAUUGAUUGCACAGAAACGUUUCUGAUACUUGACGUCUCAAAAUGAAAUAAGCGGCACAAACAGUUUUGUUCUAGUUAUUCAUACUUGAGUGAAUGAAGCUCUAUUUGAAAAUCUCGGCUUUCUCAGUUCAGUCUCUUCAGACAAUCCAUAUAUAUUACUGAUUUCUGAAUCCUUUUUAAAACUGAGUUUUUAAAAAUCAGCAUGUUGAUGUGCCUCAAAACUCCGUAAAAAAACAAACAACAAAGCUCUCCCCUUUAAAGUGUUUCGAUACAGUUUUUCAGAGGCCAUACCGAUAUUUUUCAAUCGCCUUAAAAGUGUUUUUUUCCUUGUCCGAUCGCUCUUAAAUUUUCACCAGUAAUUGGCUAUGGAUUGAAAGUUGUGAAAAUGUAGUUUGAAGUAAAAUCGAUCUUACUAUGACAACAAUAAACAAAAAACUUUGAAAGUGAUAAAAGCCGAAUUUUGUGCGAUCUAGACCUGUCCAGUUACUGAAAAUCCAGCACUAGGAACUUAAAGUUUGGUGUUUGAGCAAACAAUCUUCGUGAGCUAGAAGCAAAAAAUUCUGUAUGUUUGAAUUCGACUAAAACGAAAAUAUAUUUCAAGCCUUAAAUUUUCAAUAGCCGUGAUAGAUUAUUAAAAAAAACGUCAUCAUUGACUCAAAUUAUUCUUAAGUAGCGUCAGAAUGCUGCUUAAUAUCAUACUUGGUGCUAGGAAAUUUUGGUAUAUUUUCGUUCUUGCGAUCUUGAAAACCAACCAGUUUUCUCACCACCUGUAGAAAUGCAACUUCAUUCAAAAUUUGGAGUUUUAGCGCUUUUUUGUAUAUCUCUGAAAGGACUCGAACGAAUUUUUUAAAAAUCUCUUCACAUAAUCUUCAUAAUGUAUAUAUAUAAUAAGGUCUGACACUUUCUAUUAAGAUUGAUUCACUGCAACAUCUUAAAAUUUCAAGACUAACCUAUCCUACAAACAUGUCAAAACUCUGCGUUACAACAUUCACUGUUUUGACGUUAUGCUAAUUUUUCCAAAAUAAUGCCCACUAUACAUACCUCCAUGACUAGUACAUUUAUAGUUUGAAUUUAUCGCAUCUUUUGAAUGUAAAACAUUGACAAUACUCACACUGAAAUGUACCAAUUUUUCACCUCUUAUGGAGGUUAUUUGCUUAACACCAAACUUUAAGUUCCUAGUGCUGGAUUUUCAGUAGCUGGUCUAGAUUGUGCAAAAUUGUUGUCAUAGUAAUAUCGAUUUUACUAAAACCUACAUUUUGACAAAUUUCAAUCAGUAGUAAACCAUUGGUGAAAAUUUUAUAGCGAUCUGUCUUUAGAUUUUUCCGUGUUUGCAAAAUUGUUGUCAUAGUAAUAUCGAUUUUACUAAAACCUACAUUUUGACAAAUUUCAAUCAGUAGUAAACCAUUGGUGAAAAUUUUAUAGCGAUCAGACAAGGAUACAAUCACUUUUAAAGCCAUUGAAAAAUAUCGGUAUGGCCUCUGAAAAACUGUAUCGAAACACCUUAAGAAUGAUUCUAUUUUUUCAGGAGCCCAGUUUUUGUGUGAGUUAAGAUUAAAGCUGUUUUACUAUUUAUUUGUCGCUGUUGUUAUCAGCUCAAUUUAGGUGGUCAUUACUUUUCUUCUUCCUUCGCGCAUAUAGCACUAGGGGAUAAAACUUCAAUGUAUCCAGUAAAUCUCCCAUUCCAUGACCAACCAGACAAGCUUCCAGCCUAUUUGUAUAAUGCUUUUGGAGACUUUUUGAGAAGCGACCACGUGCCAUUCUGGAACAACGAUCCGUCUAUGAGCGCCAUCUUCCUGAGUGACACCGCUGACCACCGAAGCUACAUGGUCUCUUGUUACCACCAAGACUGUGACAAUAUCAAUAGGGUGACAAGUAAAAUGCUCCAGUUCUUACAGAAGACAUCUGACUCCAUAGUAGCAGUGGCCAAUGAUGUUACCAAGCUGUCAUGUCCACAGAGCGGAACAAUAAUCCAUAGCUAUAGCGACACCUCAGGUAUUUUAUACACCGAGUAGAAAGGGUCCCCAACGGGUUUUUCGGGAUGCGGGAUUUCCCUUAUUUUAACCUCGGGAUUCGGGAUUUUAAGACAAAAUCGGGCAAGAUUCAGGAUUAAAAGAACGUGUGGGAGGUGGGAUAGUAAAUAUAGCCCCUGGGACUACCGGAUUGCUCGAAAUUUUGGAUCGGGAUUACAGGAUUGAAGAACGCCAUCGGGGACCCUCAGUGCACUGAGUAAAGUUGCUUUUUCUAUUCCUCUUUUCUAAACAUUCUCUUUUCCUAGAUGAGGAAAAUUGUUCGCCACUGUAGCAGCUGCUCGUAAAAUGUCUCCUCAUUGGUCACAGAAAACAAUAACACAACAUUGUUUAUCAUUAUUUCUAUUGUUAUAUGGUUGGGGUAGCAAUAGCCUGCGCCACAUACGAAACUAAACUCAAGUCCGCUGCGUAACGUACAACGCCGAAAUCUUUGUCCUAAGCCACCACCUGUGUACCAGGAUGUGAUUACGCGCAGUGAUUGGCCUGUUAAAAAGUCAUUGUUGAUUUGCUAGUCAGAAUAAUUCGUCGAGUCCGCUGUUGGCGCAGAAGUUCUUCGCAGUCGUUACUUUCCGGGUUAAAUUACAUCUGCGACACAGGCUAGGUAGCAUAUGAAUUAAAUUGGAGUGGAUAUUGUUUUUAAGUAUAAACUGUUCACAUAUACACGCUGGUUGACCUUCACCACCAAGAUUCCCGUCCAGAAAGCCACCCUUUUAAAGACUCUUAAAUGAUAUUUUACAUACAUCUGGUAUGGGAUACAUUGAGCGAUCAUCUUAUAUCAUUUUAGAUGAUCAACCGCAUACGGAUUUCUGAUAAUUAAUAUUCCGUGAAGGCAGCGCGGCAUAUCUAUAAUAAGUUAAGCAGCUUAUUGAACAGACUUUAAACAGUCUAAGGCAGCUUACACACUUGGUACCCGAGUACAACGCGGUGCCCGCACGGCGCUCGUUGGGCAGCAACGUGAACACAACCUUUCAAGUUCCUACGCCGGAAAAUCGGACGACGACACGUUGCCCGAGCACCAUGUACUUGGCAGGCACUAAAGUGGGCACCGGGUACCUGUGUGCACACAGUUUUUGUUAAUUUUGGAGCAAUACACUGUUCAGUGCUCCCUGCUAAGCUCAAGUUUCAAAAUUGCGUCUGUGACAGGGCGAAAGGAAGAAACAAUGUAGUUUAAUAUCGGGCACUCAAGGUGUGAACACUACACCAUUUUGUGACAGUCGGCCCCGACACUACUGGUUCCCGGGCACCAACUGUGGACAGCAUCUAAUCAUGAGUGGAUAUACAAGCUAACAAAUAGUUCUUCCGGGUUCUAGUUUCAGGUGAUACCGGUAUGAAGGCGUGGAAAGUUGCCUUGCUUUCUGUUGGCAUCUUCAUACUUGGUAUGCUAAUCUCAGCUGUAGCUGUGGUUUUCUAUCACCGAUGGAAGAAGCAACACGGCCCUCUGAUAACAGGAGAUCGUCCGCAGUCAAGUGCUAACUUAUAAGUCAGGUGUUUCGUCCCAGUUCGCUCCUUCACCAGUUCAAAGAGAGGAAUACGAACGAAGUUGUUACCAGCAAGAGCAAAUGUAAAAUGAUAGCCAUGAUGGUAUAAUGGUAAUAACCGCAAUAACCAUAAUGGUAAUAUAAAUAAUGAUGUUAUCAUCCUCAUCGUCAUUGUUAUUAUUAUGGUACUACAAACGUCUAGAUGCCCAGGGUUAUUAUUAUUAUUAUUAUUAUCUUAUAAUCUUCAUUGUUAUUAUCAUUAUUUUGUCUUGAGUCCUCAACUAUGUUUUUGCCUUUUUGUGCCACCAAAAGCAUAGACUAACAAACGUAGAACAAGGCUUGCAUGUUAGUGGAUCCUGAAAAGGAUCUCAGUCUCAGUGGAGUCAAAAGGUUACAAAGCUGGCUCAAGGAUCCGUUCUUAAAAUAUGUCGGACAAAUCAGAACUGCGUCUGGCCACAAACAAUCCCAAAACCUCACAACAGAAGGUAGUCUUCCUAUUCAGCCGCCUCUCUUGCGGGAACGGUCCGGCUCGAAGCUGCGGAAAGUGAUGAGAAGUGGCUGUAUUGACAGGUUAGACUAAACGGGGCGGAGGUAAAGUUCAGCUAGCAAGAGUGUCAGAUUUUAUAACCUUUCAACCCUCGCCUACGUUGGCUGUUUUUUGAGGAGGGAGGUAGGGAGUAGGUAUAGCAUAAGAAAAGGAACUCAUCUAUAGCCCCCAUCUCGCCAUGAAAAAGUCAGUUUGCUUGCUGGUCAUUAAUCCGUUCCGCGAGACGCGCAGU